AUGAGUAUUAAACAAGCCUGCAUCUUUCUCAGGGGAGGAUCGAGGAGACAAACAAGGGCUCUUACAAACGAUGAGAUUGAAGAGUUACGUGAAGCUUUCGUAGAGUUUGAUAAAGACAAGGAUGGUUUCAUAUCCUGUAAAGACUUGGGGAACCUGAUGAGGACGAUGGGGUACAUGCCCACUGAAAUGGAGCUCAUUGAACUCAGUCAGAACAUCAACAUGAACUUGGGGGGACAUGUGGACUUUGAGGAUUUUGUGGAGCUAAUGACCCCCAAGCUCGUGGCUGAAACUGCAGGGAUGAUCGGGUUGAAGGAACUCAAAGACGCAUUUCGAGAGUUUGAUUUAGACGGUGACGGUAGUAUCACAUCUGAAGAGCUGAGACAUGCCAUGACAAAGUUACUAGGAGAGCAGACCUGCAAAAAAGAAAUCGAGGCGGUGGUCAGAGAAGCUGACAACAAUGGAGACGGAACAGUGGACUUUGAAGAGUUUGUGAAAAUGAUGUCUCAGAAAUGAGGACAAGGAUGAUUCUCGAUGAUCAUCGAAGAAGAAGUAUU